GCCACUUGAAACAUCCAGUUGUCCCUCGAAGGUGAUUGGAAAAAAGGCGUCUGGAUUGACUCCAGUUGGAUGAGCGGCCGUGAAUCAUAAAACCCAGAACUUUGGCACCAGAGCGUGCAGAGGUACUGGUACUGCAACGGUGAAACACAAUCAACCUUGACUUGACCCCCUGACCUCCCUCGCUCCCACGCAUCCCCCCCAAAUCCAAUACAGGUAGCGCCAAGGCAAAGGCAACCUCCCUCUCUCUCAGCCACUGCACACCUGCAAGCACAAGCCUCUCGCCAACACAAAGCGUCAGGCACGAUUGCGACAACCACCAUCUUGAGCAUCUUGUUUCUUCAGACACUACCACCAUAAAUUCCUCCCAUCUGCAAUCAUGGCGAAUGACGAAUACGACGUAUGAGCCCCUCUUCCCCACCUGUCUCCUGCCUCCAAAUCCCUCGUUGCUGACAAUAUCUCUCUGCAGUUCCUUUUCAAGGGUGAGCUUCAACCCCACCGCCACCUGCUGCCGCCUGCUCUUUUAUAUUUCAUCCCCGCCUCGAGCUUGCUACUCCUCUCGGAAUCGAUGCUAACUCGAUAUCAGUGGUCCUGAUCGGAGAUUCCGGCGUUGGUAAAUCCAAUCUAUUGAGUCGAUUCACACGAAAUGAGUUCAACUUAGACUCCAAAUCCACCAUCGGCGUCGAGUUCGCAACCCGGUCGAUUCAGGUUGAUGCGAAAACCAUCAAGGCACAGAUUUGGGAUACGGCUGGGCAAGAGAGAUACCGUGCCAUCACAUCUGCAUAUUACAGAGGCGCUGUAGGAGCUCUGCUCGUAUACGAUAUCAGCAAACACCAGACAUACGAGAAUGUAACAAGAUGGUUGAAAGAGCUGAGAGAUCACGCCGAUUCCAAUAUUGUCAUUAUGUUGGUGGGAAACAAGAGUGAUUUGAGACAUCUACGGGCGGUGCCUACUGAAGAAGCAAAACAGUUUGCAAGUAUGUUGAUGAGUACUGACGCUAAAAUCAAUGCUGACAUCCUCAACAGGCGAAAACAACCUCUCAUUCAUUGAAACUUCAGCUCUCGAUGCCAGCAACGUAGAACUUGCUUUCCAGAAUAUUCUUACAGGUACACACCUACCUUGUCCCCCGAUAAUGUAGCGUGCUGACAUGCCACAGAAAUCUACCGAAUUGUCUCUAGCAAGGCACUCGAUAACGGCGACGCUGCACAAGCCAACCUAGGACCCCGCGAGGGUAUCUCGCUCAGCAAGCCUGCUGACGAUGGCGCAGCCAAGGGUGGCAAAUGUUGCUAGGGGUUCUUUAUGCUGCGUGGACAUAUUCUAGUUGAUUGAUACAAGGCAAGGCGUCUGUUACAUGUUAUUGGUAGGAGCAUUUGCGGGUAGUCACGAAAUUCAGGUUCAAGGCUUUCAUAUACUGCACCCACAAGAGGUUCGGUUGGUUUGUCUAUAGGGAUCUUAUGCCUCUGAUGCUUCUUCCUCAUUUUCAAGGUUGUCUUUUUCGGUUUUGUUUGGUCGCGGUUCUUCUGUGGUGGUUUCCCUUUUUGGGAUAGGGUUUUAUGUAACCUGAAGACUGCCAUGCGCUGCUUAUUCAAUCAGAUGUUCUCUUAAUGCCUUUUUAGAAAUUGUAUUAUGUGCAACGACGACUUGUGAUGCAAACAUGAUACAUGUGAUCUUGCUUGAAAUAUUGUGCUUGUCCUUCAUCACUUCUGCACAGUUUUCGUGGAUUUGACACUUGGGGUAUCGCUGCUUUCACUGUAUAUAAGUUUCAUAGAACUUGAACUUCUGCACAAAGGUGGGUAGCCAUAGUCCAAUUGGAAGUUCCAAUACCUGGGUAGUUGGCAUGCGCGAGGCUGAGAGUUUCCAUCAGGCGCUAGUCUACGAUUGGACAAGCGCAGCCGCUACCCCCGCCGCUGCUAUCGAGAAAUUCCAAAAAAAGUUCGAGCUCUGCACGACUUUGCGACAGCAUCCGCGGAAACUAAACAACGCAAUGGCUUCAGUUUACAAAUCACUAUCGAAGACCAAUGGUCACAAAGAGGAGGAUACACCUGCGAAUGGCAUCAAAAGAAAUAAGCAGAGAGUAUUGAUUUUGUCCUCGAGAGGAAUCACUUAUAGGUAGCUGAAACCCAACACCAUAACACCACCACGAAGCAUAGGAGCUAACUACUGAAAACAUAGGCACCGGCAUCUCUUGAAUGACAUCGCUUCUCUACUACCUCAUAGUCGCAAGGAUGCCAAACUUGAUACGAAAUCCAAGCUGUAUCAGCUCAAUGAAUUGGCCGAAUUAUACAACUGCAAUAAUGUCUUAUUCUUCGAAGCACGGAAAGGCAAGGAUUUGUACCUAUGGAUGAGCAAAGCACCCAAUGGUCCUACAGUCAAGAUGCAUAUGCAGAACUGUGCGAUUUUCCCCCUGUCUUCCUGAUUUCAAGGCUAACAGUUCCCAGUACACACCAUGGAAGAACUUCAUUUCACUGGUAACUGCCUCAAAGGCUCCCGUCCGAUCCUCUCCUUCGACGCGUCCUUCGAUAAAGAGCCUCACCUACGCGUGUUGAAAGAGCUUUUCUUCCAUAUCUUCGGUGUUCCUAAAGGCGCUCGAAAGGCCAAGCCGUUUGUCGACCAUGUGAUGGGUUUCACUCUCGCGGAUGGCAAGAUCUGGAUUAGAAACUACCAAAUCAACGAGUCGGAACCACCAAAAACCACAUCAGCUUCAGAAGCCGACUCGAAACCAAAACAAAAGCAUGGAAGGGAAACAGAGAUUAGUUUGGUGGAGAUUGGGCCUAGAUUUGUCCUCACACCGAUCGUAAUUCAAGAAGGCAGUUUUGGAGGGCCCAUUAUUUACGAGAACAAAGAGUUCGUUAGUCCCAACCAAGUCAGGAGUGAAAUUCGACAAAAGAAGGCCGGGAGGUAUAGCCAACGCGCGGAGCAGGGAAUUGAGAGACUGGCAAAGAAAGGGGAAUUGGGUCUUAGAACUAGUGGCGGUAGGACAAUUCCUGUUGAUGAGCUUGAUACAGGCAAGUUGUUUGCGUGAGUAUUUGGUGUGGUCCGAGUCAUUAAGGCGU